AUGGAAUGCAGGCGCAUCAAGCUAGCGGGGGAGGAAAAAAAGAAAAGCGGCCACAUCAUGUCACCAUGUCCAUCAUCACUCGGUCCCUACGCCAACUACCACAUCCAGACCGUUCCCUCCCAUCUGGGCCGCCGUGACGGAAGCGGGACGAACCCAAGUCAGGGAAGAAAAGGGAGAAGCCGCCGUCAGUCGACGAGACGUUGCCAUGCGGACAACGGCUCGGCCAGCCUGCUAGCAUCGAUGCAGCGAUGCAUCAGGUGGUGA